ACAUCUAGUUUAUUCAUAUCGUCAGUUUCUUUGAUUUUUGGAAGAUCCAGAUCCAGAAGAUCAAAUCAUCUACUCUUAGAACAGAGGAUGAAAUUCUAGUAUGGAUAGAGUAAAAUCCGGAAACGAAUGUGUGGAGGAAGUCAACAAAGAUCAAUACUAUUGACCGUUACAAGGUUAAGGCUCAGUCUUCUCUCGAUCGUUACAAGCCCAUCAAAGAUUUAAUAAUGUUAAAACCUACCAAUCUAUUUACGAAAACAUUAUUUCCUGUUUUUUGUAUAUUGUUAAAUAGUUCCUUUAUUUGUGCAACUGUUUCAAAAUAUGUUAUUCUUAAUGACAAUGCAAAAAUGCCAAACAUUGGUCUCGGAACCUGGCAGGCAAACAGUGAUUUGUUGGAAAAAGCUUUGGAUAUAGCCCUCGAUGCUGGAUACCGACAUUUCGACACUGCAACAGUCUAUGGCAACGAAAAAUCUAUUGGAAAAGUGUUAAACAAAUGGCUGACCACCGGAAAAGUGAAUAGAAGUGAUCUUUUUAUUGUCACAAAGCUCCCUAAUAUUGGAAUGAGGCCCGAACAUGUGGAAUACUUUCUGAAUAAAUCAUUAACCGACCUACAAAUAGACUAUGUGGAUCUUUAUUUAAUACACGGACCAUUCGGAAUGAAAUACCUCGAAGGUGAACUGCAUUCGUACAAACCUGAUGGCAGCAUCGAUAUAGACCCCACAACCGACCACAUAGCCAUUUGGAAGAAAAUGGAGGAACAAGUGGACAAAGGGCGCGCCAGGAGCAUAGGACUUUCAAACUUUAACAUAUCGCAAAUCACGAGAAUUUUGAACAAUUCCAGAAUUAAACCGAGCAACCUUCAAAUAGAAAUUCACGCGUACCAUCAACAGAACGAACUUGUUGACUUUUGCAAGAGUCACAAUAUUUCGGUUACGGCCUAUUCGCCAUUUGGAAAUCCGUCGAUCGGAAAGUAUUUCCAAUCCCUCGGCGUGGAUGUUGUUUUACCAGACAUUUUGGGAAACCCGGUGAUUCUGGAAAUCGCUCAGAAGCAUAACAAAACCGCCGCCCAAGUGGUUUUGAGGCAACACCUACAAAGAGGUCUGAUAAUAAUACCAAAAAGCACAAAUGAGAAGAGGAUACGCGAAAAUAUAAACGUUUAUGACUUCGAACUAGAUGAACAGGAUUUAUCUAAGCUCGCCAAACUGGAUAAAAAAAUUAGGAUAAUAAACUUUAAGCACAGAAAAGGACUUGAAAAUCAUCCUGAAUACCCGUUUGCCGAUGAAUUGCUGUAAACGUAGUGGAACAUGUAUGCAACGAAUGUUGUUUAUGUAGUUUUAAAUAACGAUUAAUAAACAGAUUUAUUUUAA